AAUAAACUGACCAUAGCCCUCAAGAAAUUUGAGGAUUUCAAAAUGCUGUCAACUGAAUCUAUCCAUGAGAUGGAAUCCAGAUUCCUGAAGAUUGUGGCAGAGGUCUCUGACCUUGGGAAAGAACUAUCUCAAAAGGAGAUUUCCCUCAAAAUCUUGAGAGGCCUGCCAUCAAAAUGGGACAUGAAGGUAACUGCUAUGAGAGAUAGCAGAGAUCUCAGAACUCUGUCAACCGACAAACUCUUUAGUGAUCUCAAGGCCUAUGAAUUUGAAAUGAAGGAGAUCAAAGAAGAGAAGGAAGAUGAAUACAAGACACUAGCUCUAGUAUCUGAGCCAAGCACUUCAAAAUCUGCUGAAAAAUCCCUCAAUAAUCUCCUCACUGACGAGCAGUUUGCUAUGUUUGUGAGGAAAUUUAAAAGAUUCAUGAAGAAGGAGGGAACUGCUCCAAAGAAAGCAUACAACCUGCCACCUAGAAGACAAGGGAGACCUCAAUCCAGUGAGGAAACUGUUCUAUGCUACAACUGUAGACAGCCAGGACAUUACAAAAAUGAAUGCCCUCUGCCCUUAGCCCAGAAGUAUCAAGGGCAGCAGGCGACUGGUCUCAAAGCUAGUUACAAGAGGGACUUCAAAAGCAAAAGACAAGCUUUUGUAAGUGAAAAGAAAAAGGAGGAACCCCAAUCUGAAGAUGAAAGCAGCUCAAGCAAUGAAAGCUCUUCAUCUGAAAGCUCAGAGGAAGCACUUCUAUGCCUGGGAUCCUGGCAGGUGGCUGAAAAAGGCGGCAGCUGGCUCACUGAAGAAAGCAGCAGAUGGCUCAGUGAAGAUGAUGAAUACAGGUCCCCUAAAUGCCUAAUGGCCAAAGACCACUACAAUGAUGUUGAGGUAACAUCCUGCUCUUCUUAUAGCUCUAGUGAUUCUGGACCAACCAAUAUUACACUGGAAUCUUUAUUACAAGAUUUCCAAAAAGUCCAAAAUCACCAUGUUCUCUUAAGAUCAGAAAAUGAUAGAUUAAAACAAGACAUUAAGGUUGUUCACACAAGAUUGCUAGAUGCCUUAACCAAAAACAAUGUCUUAGAAGAAGAGAACAAAGAGCUGAAAGACAAAAUGAAUAACUUCAGCAUGGAUAGUAAAACCAGUGACUCAACUACUGAAGUUGUUUUAAAUAAGAAGAGAAGAGGCCUCGGAUAUGUAUCCUGUAACACUUGAGAUUUAAUAUAAACGGAUUAAUAGUACUACUCAUACCAACAGAGGUGCAUCUCCUUUUAAGGGAGCUCAUCACCCAAGAACUCCAAAGUUAAGCGUGCUUGCACGGGAGUAGUCUUGGGAUGGGUGACCCCCUGGGAAGUUUCUCAGGGCGCGCACGAGUGAGGACAAAGUGCGUGGUAAAGGCUCGUGGUGGUUUGUGGGGACAGUACUAUUGGUCCGGAGUAACUACCUCGGGCCCUGCGGGGCCGGGGUGUUACAGGUGGUAUCAGAGCAACCCUGCGACCGUGUGCUGACCCGUUAGAUAUCGGGCGGGCACUUAGCAGGACAAGAAUCUCUGGGAUUGAAUGAGAAUUGAGAUUUGUUUAUGGGCGCAACGAGGACGUUGCGUACCUAAGUGGGGGUGAUUGUAACACUUGAGAUUUAAUAUAAACGGAUUAAUAGUACUACUCAUACCAACAGAGGUGCAUCUCCUUUUAAGGGAGCUCAUCACCCAAGAACUCCAAAGUUAAGCGUGCUUGCACGGGAGUAGUCUUGGGAUGGGUGACCCCCUGGGAAGUUUCUCAGGGCGCGCACGAGUGAGGACAAAGUGCGUGGUAAAGGCUCGUGGUGGUUUGUGGGGACAGUACUAUUGGUCUGAAGUAGCUACCCCGGGCCCUACGGGGCGGGGUGUUACAUAUCCCCCACCAGACUCACUCAAAACUCACCCUCCACAAGCCACCAACAAAAUACAAGAAAGCUAAUCUACCAAAAAUCCCAUUCUCAGAAUGUUCCCAUAAGAAGGAACCUGCCUGCUCCCAAAUCAAAAUCCAAUCUCCUGUAUAGACAAAAACUUCCCAACCAUCAAAACCCAAGAACCCGUUGGCAAUCAACCAAUAAGACCAACCACAGUCAAAACACUAAGCAGUCUCCUCCAAAAGUCAAUAAUCCAUUUUCCACUUCAAGAAGAAAAAGGAUUAACAAUUACGUAGCCAUCCCCCAUGAUUAUAAUACUUCAAAUGGCUAUAGACCAAUCUGCUUAGAACUAAAUGGUUCUAGAUGGGCAUGGAUGCCCAAACUUGUACAAAGGAAGUUGCCCACUAACUUGUGGGCUACUGCUCAACAAUGAUGAAUACAGGAAGGUGCUGGAGCAGUUGACUCACAAACAUGGUACAUAGAUUCAGGCUGCUCCAGGCACAUGACAGGCAGCAGGCGGCUCCUGUCAAACUAUAUGGCAAGCGAAGGACCCAAAGUUACUUUUGGGAAUGUGGAAAAACAAGGAGAAACCAAAGGAGUUGGAGACCUAUCCAUCAAUGAACUUACAAUCCAAAACAUAUCUUAUGUUAAAGGAUUAAAGUUCAAUCUCAUAAGCACAAGCCAGCUCUGUGACAAUGGCUAUAAUGUUACAUUCUCCAAAGACAUCUGCUUGAUUAGAGAUGUCAAAAAUGACAAAACUGUGCUCACUGGUAGAAGGAAGAAGGACAUGUACAUUGUUGAUUGGAGCUCAGCUAAGGAAGGGAUCUGCUUGGUGACAAAGGCAGAUUCAAAUUUGAGUUGGGAAUGGCACAACAAAUUAAGCCAUCUCAACUUCAAAACAAUCAACAAAUUGUCCAGAAAAGGAUUGGUGAAAGGACUUCCUGAAAUCAACUUCAAAAAGGACCACCUCUGUGAUGCUUGUCAAAAAGGAAAACAAACCAAGGUAUCAUUCAAAUCAAAGGAAGUGGAAUCAUCAACCAGGCCCUUAAGCCUACUACAUCUUGACUUGUUUGGACCAGUAGAACCAACGAGCUUAAGUGGUAGAAGGUACACUCUAGUUGUGGUUGAUGAUUACUCAAGAUACACCUGGACCAUAUUCCUAAAGAAGAAGAAUGAGACAGAAAAGAAGCUCCCUGAAUUAAUGAGACUAAUUCAAAAUGAGAAAAGCCUCUCAAUUCAAAAGAUCCGGUCAGAUAGAGGUACUGAAUUUAUUAAUUAUAUAAUAAUUCAGUACUGUGAGGAAAAUGGAAUUCAUCACCAAACCUCAGCAGCAAGAACACCUCAACAAAAUGGUGUUGCUGAAAGAAGGAAUAGAACUCUCAAAGAAGCCGGAAGGACAGUCUUAGAAGCAGCUGGUUUACCCAAAAGAUUUUGGGCAGAAGCCAUCAACACUACUUGCUACACACAGAAUAGAAGUCUCAUUCAUAAGACUUACAAAAAGACUCCAUAUGAACUAUGGAAAGAAAGAAAGCCUAAUGUCAGUCAUUUCCAUGUGUUUGGAUCCAAAUGCUUCAUUCUAAACAAUGGAAAAGACUAUCUCAAGCCAUUUGAUCCCAAAUCUGAUGAAGGGAUCUUCCUGGGCUACUCAGCAACAAGCAAGGCAUUCCGGAUCCUCAACAAAAGAACUCUUGUGGUAGAAGAAUCAAUCCAUGUGGUUUUUGAAAAGCACCCCACUGCUCAAUCAAAAGAAGAAGGUGAGUCAUCUAACUCAAAAAGGGACACUGGAAAGGCUCCGAGCUGCCUUCCAGAAAAUGAUAAAGAAAAGAUAGCUGAAUCUAAUGUCAGUCCACGGCCAGCAGUUGACUCAACUGUCAGCUCACUGCCAGCAGGUGACUCACCCACAAACAUCCCUCCAGACCCUCAUAAAAUUCAUAAUCACCCUACUCUACCAGAAGAUAGUGACGAAGAAGAAGAAGAGGAUGACCAACAAAUCCAAACCAACAUCAAUCAGACAUCUGACAUUAGAUGGCUGAAUCAACAUCCACCACAACAGAUUAUUGGAAACAUCCAUGAAGGGGUUCGUACUAGAUCAGCAAUUCAAAAAGAGGCACUAUUCUCAUGCUUCAUCUCACAAAUUGAACCCAAGAAAAUUGAAGAAGCCCUACUGGACUCUGACUGGAUACAAGCCAUGCAAGAAGAACUCAACCAGUUUGAAAGAAAUAAUGUAUGGGAGCUUGUAUCCAGACCCUAUCAUCAACAUGUGAUAGGAACUAAAUGGGUGUUCAGAAACAAAAUGGAUGAGGAAGGCACCAUUGUCAAGAACAAGGCAAGACUGGUAGCCAAAGGCUACUGCCAGGAAGAAGGUAUAGAUUUUGAUGAAACCUUUGCUCCUG